CACCUCUCUCUCUCUCUCUCUCUCUGUCCAUCAGUCCUUCCUUUUCUUUUCAGUUUAUCAUCAUGGAGAACGAGUCGGUGAUCUUCUGGGAUGGGCAGGGCAACUCCCAGAAUACAAUCUGAAACUCUGAGACCACUCACUCUACUGCAGGAUUACUACACAAUAACUACAGUUACACAUUACAGAAAAUGCUGUACUGUUUACUGUAAAAAUACUUAAUCUACUGCGGAUUCGGCUCAUACUACAAGAGGAACUACAACAUAUUUCGGAAACUACUAAAGUACUCAUUCUACUAUAACUACUCACAGGAUUACAACAAUCCACCAGAAACUUAUCUGAAAGCUGAGGUCCAACCAAUCAGAGACGCAAGAACCUGGCAUCUCAAGCUGGACCAGAUCCAAAAGGCCAAACCAGUACCGGACCAGUCGGCCAGUUAGACUCUGUAGAGCGGAUCAGACCAGGCCUGGACAGACCAGAAGAGACCAGUGAAAAUCAGUAAAGGCCAUUGGAAAAGUUUGAUGGGACUGCUGACGAUAGCCACAUGCCUCUGAGUCCGGCUGCUGACACCAAACAUGAUCGCCCGCGGCAACAGGCGGUUACUAACGGCAACCCGACAGGCUCUGCUGUUGCCAGGGACGACGACGCGGAUGACACACCCCCCGGAAACAGCAUCGUCGUCCGCAUUGGCAUCCCCGACCUGCAGCAGACGAAGUGUUUGCGGUUGGACCCAGAGUUACCAGUUUGGACCAGUAAGCAGAGGGUUCUGGUGACGUUGACUCAGUCUCUGUCGGAUGUUUUGAACUAUGGUCUCUUCCAGCCGGCGUUCAACGGCCGAGCCGGAAAGUUUCUGGACGAAGAGCGGCUGCUGAAGGAGUAUCCUCUCCCCCCCAUCACGCCCAUCCCAUACCUGGAGUUUCGUUACAAGAGGAGAAUUUACACUCAGAGCUACGUGGACGAUAAACAGCUGGCCAAGCUGCACACCAAGGCAAACCUGAAGCGCUUUAUGGAACAUGUUCAUCAGAAGAAUUUGGAGAAGGUUUCCAAAUGGCUGGAAAAGGGCCUGGACCCCAACUUCCAUGACUCUGACACUGGGGAGUGUCCUCUGACCCUGGCGGUCCAGCUGGAGGAAAGUGGCGACUUGAUAAAAGUUCUUCGCAGUGGAGGAGCUCACCUGGACUUCAGGACCAGAGACGGGAUCACCGCUCUGCAUCGGGCCGUCCUCUGCAGGAACAGCGCUUCUCUCACUACUCUGCUGGACCUCGGAGCGUCUCCGGACUACAAGGACAGCAGAGGUCUGACUCCCCUCUAUCACUCUGCCAUGGUGGGCGGCGCCCCCUACUGCUGUGAGCUGCUGCUGCAGGACCACGCCACCAUCGGGAUGACUGAUGAGAACGGGUGGCAGGAAAUCCACCAGGCAUGUCGCUAUGGUAACGUGCAGCACUUGGAGCACCUGCUGUUCUACGGCGCUGACAUGAGUUCCCAGAAUGCAUCGGGAAACACCGCACUGCACCUCUGUGCUCUCUACAACCAGGACAGCUGUGCCAGAGUGCUGCUGUUCAGAGGAGCAAAUAAAGACGUGAAAAACUACAACAACCAGACUGCCUUUCAGGUGGCGAUAAUUGCUGGGAACUUCGAUCUUGCAGAAAUAAUUAAGAUCCACAAAACCUCUGAUGUUGUAGUUCCCUUCAGAGAAACUCCAUCCUACACAAAGCGCCGCAGAGCCGGCGUGACCAGGAUGCCGGCUGGAAAUGGUCUGUCUUCUCCACGCUCUCUGAUUCGCUCAGCUAGUGACAAUGCUCUGGAAAGCCCCGCCUCCUCUCCUGGCCCCUCCCUCCAAAGCCUGGAAACGCAUCAUGACACGCACACGCACUCGCUACGACGACACACACGCCGGCUCAGUCCGAGUGGUGGAGGUCAUGCAGAGACCAGCCCCCCCUCGUCCCCUCCCCCAACCCCCCAGAUGAGGAAGAGGAGGCUGUACAGUGCUGUACCAGGACGCACCUUCAUCGCCACCCGGUCCCACGUCCCCCAGGGGCCUGGAGAGAUCCAGCUGCACCGAGGAGAGAGGGUGAAAGUUCUGUCUAUAGGUGAAGGAGGAUUCUGGGAAGGAAGUGUGAAAGGAAGAACUGGUUGGUUUCCUGCUGACUGUGUUGAAGAAGUCCAGAUGAGACAGUAUGACCCAAGACUGGAGACGAGGGAGGACCGCACCAAGAGACUGUUCAGACAUUAUACUGUAGGAUCCUAUGACAACUACACCUCCUACAGUGACUAUGUGAUCGAGGAGAAGACGGCCGUGCUGCAGAAGAGAGAGAGCGAGGGAUUCGGCUUCGUCCUCAGAGGAGCUAAAGCUGAGACCCCCAUCGAGGAGUUUGCCCCCACGCCGGCGUUCCCCGCGCUGCAGUACCUGGAGUCCGUCGACCAGGGGGGCGUGGCCUGGAGGGCGGGGCUACGGACUGGAGACUUCCUAAUAGAGGUGAACGGCGCUGACGUGGUGAAGGUGGGUCACCGGCAGGUCGUCUCUCUGAUCCGACAGGGAGGAAGUCGACUGCUGAUGAAGGUCGUAUCCGUGUCCAGGAAAUCCGAAUCCAACCUGGUCAGGAAGAAGGCUCCACCUCCUCCAAAACGAGCCCCCAGCACCUCGUUGACGCUCCGAUCCAAGUCCAUGACCGCUGACCUGGAGGAGAUCGCCAGGAGGAGACGCAUCGAGAAACUGGAUGAGAUGUUGGCCGGGGGUCAACAGGAAGUCGUUCUAAGGGGCCGCCCGUCAGACGACUUCAGAGCGGCGACGGUCAAACAGAGGCCGACCAGCCGACGCAUCACACAGGCCGAGAUUAAUUCGUUGUUUGAGCGUCAGGGACUCGUGCCCCCCACACCUCCAGAGAAGAGCACCAUGGCUUUGCCCCGAGGAAUGUCCAGAACCAAGAGUUUUGGCACACCUGAGGACGACAGGAUCUCGGCUCUGAUCAAUGAAAGUCGGUUUCCACGGAGCUCCUCCCUGACAGACAGCUUCAUCCCGCCUCCUCCUCAGACCGCUCCACCCCCUCCUCCCUCCUCCCCGCUCUUCCUCCUCGACUCUGGACCUCCUCCCUCAUUCCUCCCCCCUCCUCCCCCGGCCAGAGGGGAGGGGCUAACCCGCUCCAGCUUCAAGCCGGGGGCGGAACCGAGGCUCCAGGAGCUCUCCGAUUCGCCAACAAGGAGCCACGCCCACGCCGAGCGGCAGAGGAAGGCGAGGUCGAUGAUCAUCCUGCAGGACACGCCGCCACAGCUGCAGCCUGACGCACAUGCUGCCGCCUUGCACACGCUGCACACUGCCACACACACCGCUACACACACGCUUCACACUGCCACACACACCUCCACGCUGUCUCUCCACAGCACCAGCUCCGCCCCUGGUCACUCACCGCUGUCACGCCGCCGUGGACGACCAAUAGAAAACCCUUAUGCUAACGUGGGACAGCAGGCUCCGCCCUCCAAGCCGCAGAGGAGGAAGUCACCUUUGUUGAAACAACUUCCUGUAGAGGAGCAGGGACAUGAUCCGUCCAAAUUAGAGCCACCCUGCAGCCCCAGUAGGGCGGAGCUGUACCAGCAGCAGGUUCUUUCAGAGCGAGCCCGGGUUCAGGGCCGCAGGUCAUCUCUCUUCCUGUCUGUGGAGGGAUCCGGGUCAGAAAACCAAGUGCCACCCCUCCUGACUCAGAGCCAUUCAAUGGACGACCUCGGCGAGCUUCCCCCUCCAGCCCCGGUCCUGUCGCCCUCACCGACACCUCACACCUUCCUCCACCCACUGACGGGGAAACCGCUAGACCCCUCAUCUCCACUCGCCUUGGCUCUUGCUGCACGAGAACGAGCGCUCACUGCCCGCACGCCGAGCCCUGAGCCUCGACUAAAACAUGCAUCUGCCUCCACUACACCCAUCCCCACCCCAGCUGCCAGCCCCGAGGGCAGACACAAGCGCACCCCCCUCACCACCCCGCAGAGCAGCCCUGAGCCACGAUCGAAACGCACCACUCCUCAAACAAGCCCCGAGCAGCGAACCAAGCGCACCACUCCCCAGACCAGCCCUGAGCUAAGGCAUAAACGCAUAACCCCACCUUUGUUCCCUGACGGACAGGUGGAGCGUCCAGAGACAGAGGGAGGAGUGACAUCACCUGCCGGCCCCUCCCCUGAGCGCUGGAGACCCACCGCCGUGCCAUCACUGGCCAGUGAAGGUCACUCUGCUUUGAUUGACAGGCGCAGAAGCCUCACAGUGGGCAGCUCAGAGGAGGAGGGAGGGGCUUACACAGUUACACUCCCACCGGCGUUGUUGUCAUCCAGUGAUGAGGAGACUAGGGAGGAGCUCCGCAGAAUUGGCCUGGUAGCUCCACCCCCUGCCUUUGCCGGUCCUCCCGCCCCUCCUCCCCCUUCCUCUCUCACCUUGUUGCCAAGAAGAAGUGGGGAGGGAGGGGGAGGAGAAAGUGGUCCUGAGUCCCUGGGUCGAAGAGGAGAUGAGGAGGAAGGAGGUGACGAACGGCUUCACGACAGCUCCUCCUCCCCCAGCUCACUCCCUCCCUCCAUAACCUUGGCCUCCCCUCCUGCUCCAUCCUCCCCCUCCUCCCCUCCUGCUGCUCACCCUUCCCCCUCCUCCCCCUCCACCUCCCCAAUUGCUCUUAAGCCGCGUCUUCGUUCACCUAUUGGUCGGGGCCGCUCUGCUCUUCGGGACCCACUGCUGAAGCAAUCAUCAGACAGUGAGCUCCUCCCAUCUGCUGCUUCCUCCUCCUCUCCCUCCUCCCCACUCUGUUCGUCCCCAACCGGCGGUGGCCGACAGCCACGCUAUCUGUUCCAGAGGAGGUCCAAGCUGUGGGGGGGUGGGGACGACCGCGGGGAGGAGCGGCGGGGCCUCAGCCCCGAGGAAGGAGGAGGCCGUCCAGCAGCACUGGGAGGUCAGGGGUCGGGGUCAGCCGUGGAUCUGACCAGCCGGUCGGCGUCAGCACUGGAGCUGAGCGGCAGGGCAGGGUCUGGACUGGAUCUUGCUAAUCGGCUACAGCUGCUCAACAAAGACAGUCACUCUCUGGGGGAGGAGCCGAGUCCCCUUGAUCCAGGCCGGAGGUCACCAGUAGGAGGUGCCAGGUUGUUCUCUAGUCUCGGUGAACUCCACACCAUCUCCCAGCGAGGAUAUGGCGCCAGCUAUACAGUCCGACCAGGAAGCCGCUACCCUGUCACCCGCCGGAGCCCCUCCCCGUCUCCCUCCCCAUCUGAUAGGUCAAUAGGGCUUGCCUCGUCCUGCCCUGAAAGGCCAGACCUGAGUUCGGGUCGCAGUCUAACCAUCCUGAAGUCGUCCAGUCUCAGUCUCCCCUCAGAACCAAAGGAGGUUCGGUUUGUGAUGCGAAGUGCCAGUGCACGAACCAGGUCCCGGUCACCCUCCCCUUCACCCCACGCCUCUCCCUGCCCCUCCCCGGUCCUCAGCGGGCCCCUGUUGGCCCUACGGCCAUGGAGGCAGCGGCCCCUCAGCCUGUGGAAUAAAUAUGACGUGGGUGACUGGCUGGAGAGCGUGGGCCUGGCCGAACACCGCCAGCGCUUCCAGGAGCACGAGAUCGAAGGCUCCCAUCUCCCCGCCCUCACCAAAGACGACUACGUGGAGCUAGGCGUCACCAGACUGGGACACCGAAUCAACAUCGAGAGGGCACUCAGACAGCUGCUGGAUGGUUCCACUUGACCCCUCACCUCUGACCACAAACCUCUAGACAUCCUGAACUGUGACCUCAUUACUCCUGACCUCCGGUCAGACACUAGGCCAUCUCUUUGACUAGGAUAUCUUAGCAGUGACUGAAUCUUUAGACCUUUUUACCAACGUGGAACCCAGCUCUCCGAGUGAUCUCGGUGACAUUUUGGCUUAUCAGCUCUUUGAUCAACCCAAAAGGACCGGUAGCGCCAAGGUCUGUGUCCAGUGUCUUUAGUUUUAUUUGAAUUCUCUCAACAUCGUUUAAGUCAUAAGAACAAAAACAAACACUACCAAAUUUGAUUCCAGAAAUGUUACAGCGACAACCACUUUACUGUAGAGGGGGGACAAAUAAAUUUGUGCAUCUCUGAAUUCACAGUAGCUCUACUACGAUAAGGAGUCCAGGUUAGAAUAUUAUUGAGAUUCUUCUUCACUCAAACUCUCACACUCGAUGCCAAACAGUGGAUCACUUCACAAAUCUGAGGCAGAACAUUCAAAAUAAUUAUGAUAAUCUUUUUUCAGCCCCUCUUCCUCAACCAAAUAAAUAUCUAAAUAAUAUAUUUGUUUGUGAUUUAAAUGAAUUAAAUCAAACAUUUAUUGAACAUUUGUUAGAUUGUUAUUGAGGAAAAAUAUAUUGCGAUAAUUAUCAGUUUUAUUUCCCAGCCCUAGAUUACCUGAAAAUACAGAGGAAUACCUCAGAUCCUGUUAAAGCUAACUUACCAUUAUGUUAGCAUACGACAUACUAAUGGCAGCUGGAGCUCUUCUGCAAAUCUCAACAUGUGAAGGGACAUUGAUCAAAGAGCUGAUCUGACAAACUGAUUACAUUAUGCCGUUUAGCUGGAAUUUUGCUAGCAGAGCUGGACGAUUAGCGAGCCACUGGAAGUCUCUACCUUAACAACAGGAGAUUAGCUGGGGAUAUUUCUCCGUCCUUUUACAGAAAGUUUUUGUGACUACUUUUUUUUUUCCUCUCUUCCAAAUAUCACUCAUGAAGAAUUUUGUGUUUAUUUUGAGUUCAUAUCUUAAUACCGAUCAUUUAGAAUUUAUGAAUAACAAGUAAUAAUAAUGUGGUGGUGAUGACUUACAGAGUUUAUAAUAGUUUGGAAAAUGGUUUUGAGUUCUUUAUGAUUUGACAAUGAGUUGAAUUUCAAGGUCGUUUCGGUGAUGUUUUGAAAUUCAUAAUGAUUUGUCAAUGAGUGACUUUGUGCUGAUGUGAUGUGUGUUUCAGGGAGAGCUGCAGCAGAGCUCCAACUGUAAACCUCUCUGGUUUCUAACCUGCUUAUCGAGGGCUUACUGUACAUGGUGCUAUCUGUUUAAAGCCAUCUGUACAGAAAAUACCGUUCUCCUUCCCCUCCUAUACCUUCUUAACGCCUGAAACUCUAAUGUGUUAUUCCUAAAUUAAUCAAACGCGGCUGAACCUGCCAUAACCAUCUUGCAGUAAUGGUACCUUGCCAGGAACAGGCCAUAUGUGGAGUUUCCUCCCUGCCAUAUUGGGGAUUUCUUCCCUGCCAUACGUGGAGUUCUCUCCAGACCAUAUGUAGAGUUUCCCUGAGGCCAUAUAGAGUUUAAAAACAUAAAAGGGAGGUGUCCAAUUAAAGUUUACCGUGCAUCCAUGUAAAGUUUCUGUAAAUUUGUGUUUAAGGGUUAAGAUGCAGUCACACCGAAAUUCAUUCUCCAUUAAUUUCAAUAAAUAACAAGACAUAUUUGCUUCUAUCAGAGAGGAGGGAAUGCUGCUCUUCUGCAAGUCCAAGAACAAUUAUAGAGGUUAAAGACAUUCAACUAGGGCUGGGCGAUUUGGCCAAGAUUUCAUUUCAAGCCCGAGUCUGAAACAUGAUUGAAUCUUUGCAUUCUUCAUGCCAUUCUUUACUCUUCUUAGAUCCCUAUUAGCUUCUACAAAGUGGUUGCUUGUCUUCCUGGGGUCCAAGCAAAGUAACAAACAAUCACUUAAAAUCAUACAAUAUACAUAAAACAAAAGUAGAGAGUAGACUAAAUAUAACACACAGACAAAAAACAAUAUAAAGCUACACCUGACAAUUUGUGUCAAAACAAAUAAAAACAAACAUACUAAAACAGCAUUUAUGUAAGAUUCAUCAGCCUUUAUUACAUGACUUUUUUAACCUUGAAACUGCAGAAAUUCUAAAACAUGAUUGAAAAUUUGCAUUCUUCAUGUGUAAGAUAGUUAAGCAAGCAUUAUAGAAGACCUACACCUGAAAGGCGUUCACCGUUAUUCAGCAAAUACAGGUUAAACCAGACAUCUGCAGACUGAGAGUGCCACAUGCUCAGUUUCAGCAGAAAGUCUGCUGUUUGUAUCUUCUGUUACUUUUUGUGCAAAAACAAAAACUACAAACUUAUUCAAUUAAUUUGAUAUAACGCCCAGCCCUACAAUAAAACACUAGCUCUAUGCUUUACUGUUUGUGGAAUGCUAUUGCUAGUGCCAGCCAUGCUAGCUGAUGCAAUUUGUGCUUAGAUCACCACAAACACGACAAAAAUGUCAAGCAAAGGUCUUCGGUCUGACCGCACCAUAAUCAACAUUAAUGAGCACAACUCUGUCCCUUUUUUCACCAUUUUACCCAGACAUAGAUAAGACUUGUAUUUGUGCGUCCAGUAAAGAGCGAGGUACAGAACGUGUUUAGCCUAGCCUAGCACAAAGGCGAGAAGCAGGGGGAAACUGCUAGCCUAGCUUUAUAAAAAUGAUAAAAAUACACCUUCCAGUAGCACAGCUGUCUGAUUUACAUGUUGUAUCUUGUUAGCCAGCAAGCUACUCACUAAUAUAUCCAGCUGAGCAAGGACAGAGCUCAAAUGCAUCAUAAGGACAACGCUAACUGCUGCUAACACCACAAUGUCUUGUUUUUAUUUCAUUGCCUUUCUAACACUGUACAAUAAACAAGAUACAACACAUAGUAAGACAUCACUGGAGUCACUGGAAGGUGCAUUUCUCUCACUUUGUUUCCCUUAAACUGGGAAAAACGUUAAUGAUGAACUGUUGACUUUAACAGCGCUUUGAGUGAGACCAUUACUGCUACUUUUCUUAAUAAUAAUAAUUAUAAUAAUAAUAAUUUCACACUGUAAACGUACACUAAUUCAACCCGAUAUGUUACCGUUCCACCUCUUCAUUCCCCUCUGAAGCACAAUCAACGUCACAGUGCCUGUUUCCACAACAUCAAAUCUACAGCGUUUAUACAGAUUUUUAUCCAAUUCAAGUACCUGAACACAAGCCGAGCUACAAUCAUGAAUCCCAAAGUUGUACAAGUUCGUGGUGCCCUUUAAUGGGGGAAAAGUAUUAGCUGCCCAUGGCAGAGCACAGAGCUAUAGAAUGUAUAGUCUAUGUACAGCACAUUACAGUAGACUUUAUAGUCUGUAUAAUAUAUAUUAUGGUAAAAUAAUGUAGCUAUAGUGUAAUAUAUAAAGUAUAGUAGACAAUAAAAUGUAUACAGUAAUAUUUUGGUAGACUGUAGUCUAUAAAGUCUUUUGCCAUAUGUGAUAUUCAUCCUUUGUAAACAUCGACACAUCAGCUGUUUAACUUCAAACAAAAUGCUGUUUUGGCACAAAAUGGAAAUAAAGAUUCACAAUUGAAAGUGGAAGAGUUUAUGUUUAAAGAGUAACUUCACACUAAAUCCACUUGCAUGAUUUAAUAAAUUACAUCUACAGUCAUUUAAAUCAUAUCAUCAUAAUUAGUCCCAGUCUUUACAUGUCCUGUUCAGUCCGACCCUAGCAACACACCAUCAAGACAGAAAACGGAGAUCAAAUCCCAGCAGUGGGAAUCUGAAUCUGCUUAUUAAUUCUGAACUUCCUAAUUAGGGGUGAGUGGGAGAAAAUCGAUCCAGCAUAGUAUCGCAAUAUUUUCUGUGGCAAUAGUGUAUCGGUCUUUUAUUAUGUAAAAUGUACAUGAGAAUACAUUUUGGUACUAUAAUAAUAAAAUCAAUUGCUUUUUCAGUCCACUAGAAAAAGAGUUUUCCUUUGGGAACACAAUUUAAAGUUGGAAAAAAGGUAAUAAAUUCCAAUACAUCGCAAUACAUUUAAAAUCGCAAUAAUAUCGUAUCGUGGAGCCUCUGGUGAUUCCCAGCCUUAUUCCUAAUCCGAAAUCUAGUUAGGUUAAGCUUUCAACAUUUGCAAGUAACUCAAGUUAUAAAUAUGUGAAACUCAAAGAGCUGUAAUCAGCUUUUAUUGGGUCUGUGUUACCCGAUUACAGAACCUAACCCUGUUUAAGUUUCAUUCGCCCUGAUCACCCUUCGACGGUGGAAAUCAAGGUCUUUUGCAGUCAUCCAUAAUUCUUAGAACCCUAGUUUCAUACAGCAGGUAAGAGAACAUCCGAGCAACUGGAUCACAGUGACCAGGCGUUCAAACUGAAAACAGCACUAGAACGUUUUCACUGCAUAACAACAAUAGUGAGGUUAACAGUAAAAUUACUCCGUCCUCUAAACUGUUGUACUAUACUUGUACUUCAGUGACAAUAAAGUUUAAUCUAAUUUAAACUAACAGGAACUGUGCGCUGACAAUAACGGUCGCCUAACAGCUGAGUGAAACGCUAAAGCCGAGACAGAUGACUGAAAACGUGGCUGAAAAGAAACUCAAGAGCAAUCGAGUACCGUCUCACUGUCCUCUGGGAGCGUAUUUAAACUAUUAGGGGUUCUUAAGUUAGUUAACACCCUAAAAUAAUUGAUACAGUUGAUUAAGCAUGCUCAUGUUAAUAAUAUAUUUCAAACUAACUUGUUUGUCCAAAGUGCUGUUCAACCACUUAAUAAUCAAGGCAAAGUUGCUUGUAGAUGUUCCAUAUAGGUUUGGGCUGAUCGAAGACGCCAUCCUGCAUCACAAUGUGGAGCCGGCAUUGGGAGUGUUGUUGUAAAAGACGUAGCCUGUCAAACGAUCAAAACCAACCAAACCGUCUCUGCGCAGUGUAGAGUAAUACCAAGUUUUUUUUUACCAUGUGUUAUAAGACGACAGAUGCCAAUUUUGUAGACAUCACCCAACCCUUGUUCCAAAUGACAACGCUGGCCAAAAAACCCGCCGCCAUAGAGACGGGCAAGGUGCGACGAAUCGUACGUAUAGAAGUUCAAACCUUGCUUACUUGCAAACCUCGGCAUACAUACCCAAACUUAGUAGCGCCCCCUCCCCCAGGUGUAGACGAAGGAGGUUUCAGACACCCUUCAAUGAUCCGACUUCGCUUAAAGCCUACUGAUGCCUUCAUUACAUAGCCUUCCACACAGGACUGGACUGUUCCAAUAAAACCUUACCACAAACAUAUUUUUAGUAGUCUUGUAUCUUCAGAACAGGUAAAGAGAAAGUGCCUGCGUGGCUGUUUACACUGCGUGAAUAUCACAUGUAUAUAUUAUAAUGGACUAUGGUCUACUGUACAGUCAUCCACAGAAUGAGACGUGGGCUGUCGCUUUCUUCGCAGUGUAACAAUGAAAAUCAGUGAUGGAGAGGUCAUGUGACCUCUUAACCUCUGACCUCAGGUCCCCACUGGGAAUCCCUCUGUACACUUGUAUAGAUAUGAGGUCAUUCACUUGUUGUAGGAUUUCUCAGCCAAUCAGAAACAUAACCAGCAAACCUGCUGCUAAAAUCUCAUCAGUGACAUGAAUCGAGGUCAGUGAUGUUGAAGUAGUUCCUUCUUUAUUUUUCCUUAGAGCUCUGCCUUCUGUCACCAAUCAGAUCGUUCAGAUACAAGACCUUCUGAUGUUUCAAGAUUAACAAAUUAAUCUAAGUUUAUUCAGCAGAGAACAUGAGCCUUGUUCUGCCUGGAGACCUAGUUUUUUGUUGCCAUCUUCCUCUAAACUGCAUCCAUUUUGUCAAGAUCGCUUCAGCUUUAGUUCCAGUACCGUUUCAAUUCUCUCUAAAAUUAUAAUUAGGGGCAACACACAUCUGUCACAUUAGAGACGUGUUUCAGGAGACACAUCAACUCCCUGGAGUCUCACAACUAUGCUACCAUAACUGGACUACUUCUAUUGUCUACAUAGCGCCAGACUAUUGCGUUGCAAAAAGGGAAGUUGUUUCGGGUUGUCGCUGGUUCCGAAGGAAAAUUCCCGUUAAUUUUUCUUAUAGACAAUGUUAUGCAACAGACAGUUUGAGUACUUUUAGUCCUGAAUGGAUAUGUAAACUCUCCUGUCUGAAUCAUCAGUGCAACAGAUGAUGAACAACUGUGUCCGAAAAAUAAUCAAAAAAUUUUAUCUGAUAAAAAGUCAAAAGUACUACAGAAGAGAUUAAAGUUCUGUUAUGCGCAGGCUAAAGUUUGCAUUUCUGCAGCUUAAAUGAACGCGUUUUUUUUUUACCUUAACAGAGAAACAAAAUAAUUCAGAAUUUAAAUAACUAAAAGUGAUGAGCAUAACUAACCUAUAGCACUGUUAUGUUAGGCCCCUGUGUAUCCAUGUUGCAGAAUACUGAGGAUACUAUUAAAAAGAAAAACUUUAAACGGGAAUUCAGAAUGAGGAAAAAUAUUUCCAGAACCAGCGACAUCCCUUUUUGUUCGGUAGGCAGCCGUCAGAGAACCACAAUAACGUGUCAGGUGUCCUGAUAUAUGAAAAUACGCUCAUCUGGUUCCACAUUAACUGCUGUGUUAUUUCUUAUUUUUUGUUUUCGGCUGAUUUUUGUAGUUCUGAAUCAACAUGACCCCAAAAAAAAGCUGCUAUCCUCUCAGUUACCUACAGGCUCAGCCAUAGCAUGUAUGCUAGUUAGCUGCUAAAGCUAGCUACACAAUUUGAACUAUUUAAAUGGACAUAAAUCAAAAUCAGUGUUAGUUUCACACAAAGCACUGAUGCUAACUAAAGCCACCAAUUUGCAUCAUAUAAUCUUGUCCAUUAUUUCUCCCUAUUAGGACACUAACAUUGAUUUAUUUCAGCUUCACAUUCUCAAUAUCAACUAAACUUCUUGGUGUAAUUUAAGCUAACGCAACAGCUGAAAAUUACGUUCUUACAAAUCACUAGCGAUUUGUUUUGGAAAUUCUCCCCCAAGAAAAUAAAAAUGUGGCUAAUUAGCAGUGGUGGAAAGUAACUGAGUACAUUUACUCAAGUAUUGUACUUCAGUACAAUUUUGGGGUAUUUUACUUGAGUAUUUCCAUUUUAUACUACUUAAUGCUCCACUACAUUUCAGAGAUAAAUAUUUUUUACUUCACCGUUUAGUUAGUUACUUUUCAAAUUAAGAUUUUACAAACAAAACAAAUCCCCAUCUUAUAAAAUAUGAUCCAUUGUUACAGAUUAAACUACUAAAAGUAUAUGAAGUAGUUUAAAUAAGCUCCAACUAUAACACUGAAAGUAAAGCUUGCAUAUUACUACAUCAACAAUAUAAUAGUAUAACACUGACACUCUGCAUUGUGAGUACUUUUACUUUUGAUACCAAUACUUCUGUGCUUUUAAGUGAAAUUUCAAACGCAGGAUUUUCACUUGUAAUUGAGUAUUUUUAUUCUCUGUGGUAUUGCUUCUGUUACUCAAGUAAAUCAUUUGAAUACUUCUUCCACUGCUGCUAAUACGAAAGCAAUCAUAGCCUGAAAGUCUGGAGACAAAACGGCCGUUCAGUUUGACGAAAGGCUAACACGGCGACAGGAGAGAACCAGGACGAUGCUAUAAAAAGAUGGAAUAAAGAGCCAAAAUGGCUGCCGCUGGAUAUCGUAAUAACGCAUCAGCUUCCUGCUGAUUGGCUGAGAAUCCUGGCUUUCUAACUUGCGUGUGAAACCUUCCUCCUCCUGAUAGUCACUUGGUUAUAAAUGGUUUUAUGGUUACCCUCCUCUUCCUCCUUUCUAGCUUCCUCUUUUUACAGUAUGUUUGUAGUUCUGGAGUGAGUGGUGUGUGUGUACUUGUAGUUUUUUUUUCUUCCCUUUUCUAGAAACUGAAAAGAGCACACAAUGACAACUGAUGAGCUCUGCAACGCAACAGAUUGUAAUCUUUAUAAUAAACUGUCAUUUAAUACAAAGUUAA